CUUAUCUCGAUUGGCCCACAAAGAAGGGGGUCUCGCCCUCUGUACUCCGGGAUUGGCUAGAGCGAGCCGCGCCCCCCUCACGCCAACAACCACCGGGCAAGCCAAGUCUUUGAAGACUGAAGACUUGCUGGCAAUGGUGAUAAAGCUGCAGAAAGAGGGAAGUCUGGAGCCACAGAUAGAGGACCUGAUUAACCGGAUUAACGAGCUUCAGCAAGCAAAGAAGAAAUCCAGUGAGGAACUGAGAGAGACCCACACUCUCUGGGAGGCCCUGCAUAGGGAAUUAGACUCCUUGAAUGGAGAGAAAGUGCACCUAGAGGAGGUCUUGAGCAAAAAGCAAGAGGCACUCAGGAUCCUCCAGAUGCACUGCCAAGAGAAGGAAAGUGAGGCUCGGAGGUUGGAUGUCAAAGGACAGCUGGAGGAUCUGACGGGCCAGCACAAGGACCUCUGGGAAUUCCACAUGCUGGAGCAGCGACUGGCCCGGGAGAUCCGUGCCCUGGAGAGGAGCAAGGAGCAGCUGCUCUCGGAGAGGAGGCUGGUGUGCGCCAAGCUGCGGGACGUGGAGCGGCGGCUGAGCUCGCCGCCUGAGGUCGAGGGCGCCAGGGCGGUGAAUGACGGGCUGAAGGCGGAGCUGGAGAUAUUCGGGGAGCAGGUCCCGAGCGCCCCCGAGGUCGGGGCCGGCGAGGGAGAGGCCGGACCUGAGCUCCCCCGCGCCCGCGACGAGGCGGAUCCGGAGCCGCCGGUGGCUGCCCCUGACGCCCCCUAGGCCAGCAGGAUCCGCCCGGUCCCCGCCCUCCCUCGAGACCGGCCAAGAAAUAAAGGCGAUAAUUUCCGACCGUG